AUGUCAGCAAUUCUCGCCAUCAUUGCGCAGGUGAAGUUCCUAAAGAAGGGGAGCAACAGAGACCAGAAGCUGAAGAUACUCCGCGAGGCGCAACUGCUGGCGAAGAUGCAUCAUCCGAACAUCCUCGGGCUCCUUGGGAUAGUGAGGAGCCAGACAGUUGGGAUCGUCUCCGAGUUCAUGCCCCUCGGCGACCUCAACCGCUUUCUCAGAAAGAGAGGCCCGGAUUCGGGGAUGUCGGGAGGGGAGGGCGGAAGCGAGGCGCAGCUGGGUCAACUGGGACUGGAGGACUUGCUGAACGUCGCGAUCCAGGUUGGGUCCGGUCUCAAGUACCUGUCGGAUCGACGGUUCGUCCAUCGGGACCUGGCCACGAGGAAUUGCCUGGUCGGGGAGAACCUCACGGUCAAGAUCGGGGACUUCGGCAUGUCGAGGGACAUCGGGAACGGGAAGUUGGAGCUGCCGCUGAGGUGGAUGCCGCCCGAGAGCAUCAUGUACGGCACUUUCAGCAUCCAAUCCGACGUCUGGUCCUUCGGAGUCGUCCUCUGGGAGAUCUUCUCGUACGGCAAACAGCCCUGGUUCGGGUCCUCCAACGACGAGGUCCUGCAGCUGGUGAUCAACGGGCAGAUGCAGCGCCGCCCCGCGGGAUGCCCCCGAAGCGUCUACAACAUCAUGCUCGCGACGUGGAAGGCCAGACCGGAGAACCGCAUCCCAGUGUGGAACGUCCUCUACCUCCUCCACGAGGCGAUGAGCAACGUCAGCACCUACCGGGAGGUCCAGGAGGCCGACCCGGAAACCGAUGCAUAA